AUGGGCAACAUAAGUAUAUUUGGAAAUCCGAAGAUUGACAAUCAGCUAUAGCUCUUUCUGAACUCAGACAUCAAUCAAGUCAAAAUCGAAGCCUAGGAAACUGAUCUUGCCAAGAUCUAAGAAGCAUCGAUAGGUAGACUGAUUAUAAGCUUAAAAAGCUAUAAAUACGUAGAAAGUAUCUAGCCUGCCAAGUUGGGUGAACUGUUCUCAGAAAAACGAGAGCACAUAACCCUAUUAAUAUAGUCUUGCAUUAACAUUCUUUACACAUUCGCUUAUAAAGAUGAUUAUAAAUAGUCAAAGUCAAACAAAGUCAUGAAAAACGACGAUGUCAAGUUGGCUUGCGGAAGCAUUUACUUAUUAAUUAGACUUAUUGCAUUUAUUAUGAAAGACUCAGAUUUGUGUGACGAUAUUCUUUGGAGGGAUGAAGUAGAAAUGGAUGGUAGAAAUACCUCUUCUUACAUUAUCAAACUUAUUGAAUCUAUUAUGAUACUCUUAUUCAAGCCUGGAUUUACUAUCAGAAAUUUAAACUUCAUUAGUAUUAGAAAUCAGUUAGUAUAUGAUUUCGAUGACAAUAGCAUGUGGAGUUGGGGUUUAGGUACUUUAGGUGAAGUUAAAAAUAAGAUUACUGAUACUUAGUAUUUCAAGCAUAGAUUUUACCUGCUCAAGCUAAUGUUGAUAACGAUGACAUAACAAUUAUAUUAGCCUAGAUCUCUGUAAGGCUAAUAAAUAGAUCCUGUAAUGACUAUGUUUACAAACAAGAAAAACAAAAAUCUUAAGAACUUAGUCUUCUCUAUUUUAAACUCAGUUAUUAUGUAUGACUGCGAUGGUCUAAAAAUACCCUUUGCAAACACCUAUCAAAAGAAUCCUUAUGUAGAUGAAUUUCUUAAGACCUCUCUAGAAGUAUUAAUGGCACUGACUACUUAUAACCCUCCUAUAGAUAUCUAAACCGUAAUAUAGUAAAAUGCAAAAAUGGCUAGAGUGCAAGAGUACUUCUCAAAUUCAGAUGUAAACUAAGCAGAUGUAGUUUAAGAUAUUGAUUAAGAAGGAUAGCUUGCAGAUUAGUUAAAUUCUGAUGCCAGAGUUAUUGCUAAUAUGAAGAUAAAUGAGGUGUCUAGACUAGUUCAAGCUAUAUUAGGCUAUAAUAAUGCAAAAAUUAUAUCUGAAGGCAUGUUUAAGCUUCUCAAAAACUAUGUAAGAUCUCAUAGAGCUUCACUGCCUAAGUCAUACUAUAUUAUACCCUUUUACAAAGAGCUGACUCUACUGAUUUGGAGAUUAUUGUCAGUUAAUGACGGUAAGAAUUUCAGAGAUAUGUGUAAGAUCAAGAUUGGACUUAAGGAAAAUGAAACCUUCACUAUGAUUCUAUCGAAAUAUUACUUGAUUACUGGUACAUGCUAAGAAUUCGUGAUAGGAAUGGAUAAAGAGUCUAAGUUCGAUACCUCACUUAAGCUUAGCCUUCCAAAUGUUGCAGGAGGAUUAAAUGGUAUCGGUAAAACCUAAUCAGGUUUAACUGAAAGCUCGAGCUCAUAAUAAGCCAAAUAGAUCUAGAUACAUCAAAAGCUUAUAAAUCUAAAGGCACUAAUCAAUCUUUUUAAGGGAUUUAUAAAUAUUUUUGCUUACAAUGAUUAGAGCAACAUUGAUUUCUUAUUUGCUUUCAGCAAGAAGAUGGAGAUUUUCUUCUAGCUUUAGAAUAAAUUUAACUUAGAGACUACAAAAAACGACGAGUCUGAACUCCUUCCAAUAGUUAUAGCUUCUAAUCUAUAAAAGUAGAGUAGUCCUAUAAAAUUUGAAGUUGCAUAAGUGAACAUGGAUCAUUUUGAUAACAAUCAUCACAUUGAUGAUCAAAGCAUGAGAGAUAGUUCUUUAAGUCAGAACAAUAAUCUGUUCAUUCAAUCACAAAAGCGAAUACUGCUCGAGUCUGAGAACUAAUUAAGAUAAGAGGCUAAUAAUAAUGAGGAGUUAAAGGUUGUAGAUUAUACUUAGGAGGAUGAUGAAAUAAAACAGGAUGAUAAAGGGCAAGAUAAAGAAAUGAGAAUCAGAAAUCUUGCAAUUGAUCAUAUUGCAACGCAUUUAACUAUGGGAGGAGAUGAUGCUGAUGAAGAAUAAUAUAAGAGCAAGACAUAAGUUAAUUAGAGUUAGAAUGUUACUUUCAUUUAGAGUUACAACGAACAGGCUGCAGUUUAGACAUUGACUCUUAUUGCAAAAGAAAUAGAGAAAAGACUUGUUAUUUAUUUUGAUCCUGAGAGAAGCAUUAAGAACAACUUUGAGAUAUAAACAUAGUUUAAAGAUGAAAGUAUGUAGAACCUUGAGAAGAUAAAUGAUCUGGAUAAAGAUUCAUUUUCAACUAUAAUGACGAAUUUCUCUCUUAGAGGUAGCGUAUUCAAGAAUGGAACUCCACCUAUUUAGCCAUAGUAUCUUAAGUCUUCCUUUUAAUUUGAGUCAUGGCUAAACUAGGUUAUUUGGGCAAGGAUUAGUGUAAAUCAUAGUCCUAAUUCUUAGCUAUUUGACUCUGAAAAAAUUAGACUAUUUUCACUGAUUAAUAUAGAUAUAUGA